GCGACCGAGUUCGCCACGGUGGUCCACGCGCGCUGACAAACUCUCGGGAUAUCCUCGCGAGAGCGAGCGAGCCAAGUCCGCAGCACCUCGUAGUAAUCCCCCGUGGUUGCAACGCCCGCGGGUGCAACGGGGACUCGUGUACCACCGCGUUCACCUGCUCGUGAUUCUCAGUGCCGAUUCGCGUCCGCGAGAUCGAGUCGAUUCCCCUCGAGAAAGUACCUAUACGAGUCGAAUGCGAUAAUAAGGACGCGCAGUGAGCGGAGACACGGAGUGAACGUGGAAGGCGGCGGCGUCGUCGUCGUCGUCGUCGUCGUCGUCGUCGUUGUCGUCGUUGUCGUCGUUGUCGUCGUCGGGUUGUCGACGGCCACCGCGGCGUCGGGAGGCCCCGGGAAAAUUCAGCGUGCUCAAGGAGCACACCAAGUGCCAGGGGAGCGGUUCACACCUGUACACCGGCGGCGGUUUCAGCCGGCCGGCGAGAUCGACACAAUCGCGGGGGUAAUAUCUCUGGGGAUCGAGCUGGAUCGGAUAGUGCUGAACAAGACACCACGUAGACCCCCGCACUGACGGGGCUCUUUGGUGAUGUACGACAGCGCUAGCUGUUCGUACGCAGGUGCGCUCGAAUUAAAGGGAGCCUCCGGGGCCGCCGGAGCCGCGGCCGCGGCCGCCGGUGUAACCGCGGCCGGCGUCAAGCAGGAGAAUUGGCCGUACCGCGGUCUCACCUGCGGUAGCACGUUUCAACGACUCAAGGAGAGCGUCGACAAGGCGAAGCAGGCCCUCGCCGAUCGCGGUGGUUAUCUGGCGGGUGCCUUCUCGCCGCCCCCACGCGCCAAUCCAUCCGCCAUUUCGCCCACAGCCUCCAUCACCGAUGCCGGCAGCUCUUAUAAGGGAGGCUGGAGCCACGCCACGUCACCGGCACCUGGUCAGGGGUAUGGAAGCAGCUUAUCGAAGUCAGCACUGGACACGCACAGCCAUCUCAGGCAGCCUGAUCCCUACCAAAUGUUCGGAGCGACGAGCAGUCGGCUCGCGAGCUCCGGUUCCGGUCAGAUUCAGCUCUGGCAGUUUCUGCUCGAGCUCCUGUCGGACUCGAGUAACGCCGCGUGCAUCACGUGGGAAGGAACCAACGGCGAGUUCAAGUUGACCGAUCCCGACGAGGUGGCGAGACGAUGGGGCGAGAGGAAGUCCAAGCCUAAUAUGAAUUACGACAAAUUGUCGAGGGCUCUGAGGUACUACUACGACAAGAACAUCAUGACGAAGGUGCACGGCAAGAGGUACGCGUACAAGUUCGAUUUCCAGGGGCUGGCGGCGGCGACGCAGCCGGCGGCUGCCGAUCCGGCGGCUUACAAGUACCAGAGCGAGCUCUUUAUGUCCGGUUACGGCCACGCCAAGCUGAACCUGAUGCCGCCGCCGGCGGCCUCGGUCUCGGUCUCCGUUCCAGGCGGUCUCUUCCAAUCGGCAUCCAGCUACUGGUCGACCAGUCCAGGCGCGAACCUGUACGCCGGCCAUCACACGGCCUCGGGACACGUACCACCUCAUCUCGGCACCUAUCCACACUAUGCAUGACCCACCGCCGAGCACUGGGGUGCGCUGGGCACGCCGCGUUGAGGGCAGCGUUUCUAUCGGGAAAAAGAGGAAAAACAGAAAAUGGAGGAAAAAAAAUACGAACCGUCGCCGUCGCCGUCGCCGCAGCCGUCGUCGUCGUCGUCGUGGUGGUGGUGCCGUGGCUGCGUAAUCGAAGAAUACCACACCGGCUCCCCGACCCCGCUUCCGCGCAAACACACGGAACGUACUCUCUGCUUCAGGUACUCGCACGCGAAUCUGCCCAUUCCGCGUGUCCGUUUUCGCCGAAAUCUUCAUUACGGUCGCCUGAUAACAGAUCUCGAAUGAGCCGUCGAAUAUUCCGAGCAGACGCGCGUUAUUUUCUUCGGGAGAAGAGUGAGAAAGAAGUUCAGGGGUUGCGUUUACAGCGAGAUGCAAGAGAAAGAUGUCUGUGAAACGCGGACGCAAUGAACGAGAACGCGCUUGGGCAGAUUUCGUUGCCCGAAUCACUCGGUACGCUCGUGCCGUUCAAUAUCGUGUGCAAUACACCGUCGCAACUCGGUUGCAAUCUCGGAUGCAAUACCUAAGCAACACGUCGUCGUAAUUAACGGUCAUUUAUAAGCCUCCUGUGUAUAGGGGCGAUCUCUCCGCGCGUAACGAGUGCCCUGCGGAUUUUGAUUCGCCGCGGCCGACGGUGCGCCCCCCAAAAAAAAGAAAUAAAGGAGGAGAGAGAUAGAGAGAAAGAGAGAGGGAGAAAGAAAGAGUAAAGAAACGGAAGAGUUAUUGUAAGAACGUUGUACAUACAGUAUAAUGCAUUACGUUAGUACAGGGUGUGCGUCCGUGAGAGGAUUCGCAUGAAUCUCUUUACCGUUGUCGUUACCGUUGCCCACCCCUUCGCGAAGAAUAGACACCCUCCGUAAAAAUUCCCAUCAAACCUUGAGCUAAAACUCAGUUAAUCCUUUACCAAAGACGUAACCAAAGAGAAUUAGUGUUUUACGUUCUUGUCCGAAGAGAAUUAGUAUUUUUGUUUACAGUGACGUGAAUCAAGCGAGAGAACGCGUACUGCGGUCACCUGUGUCCGAUGAAAGGCUUGUUACUGAUAUUGUGAAAUUUUAGAGAGAUUGUUCCGUUUGUGUGUUACUUUUUUCUUCCCUGACAUCGUCUUGUUUGGUCACGCCGAUCCGACUUGCGCUUGUCGACGUAUUCGUACGUAAUUUCCCUCACGAUUGACGUUCUCCCCGAGCGAGAGCAGAAUGUGCGAUCGCAUGACGGUAAAUUGAGCAUGCGGAAUCGUCUGAUCCAAGGGAACGCGAGCUCGUACACGAAUAAGAAGCCGGCGGAAAGUUGUUCCCCCCUUCGCGGAAUCGCCGGCAUAAAUACGGUUGGAUUAAAUCGGGCAUGUGUACAUUAAAAGAACGGAACGUGUAUUCACCGUGUUACAACCACUCGAUAACUUGAGUCAUCCUUCGCGUCCUUACGCGACCGUGACGCGUAAAGCUGUGUAAAUCUCGACUUCCAGGGAGGUUCCGCGCGCGAUCGCUUGCUCACACCCCCGACCGUGAGAGAAAGAGAGAGAUGUACUCAUGUUCGAUUCAGACCAAAACUAAUAUGUGUAUCAUAAACUCUUUUAACUUAUUUGUUACGUGAAGAGACGGGUGGAGACGCCACAUAUACGUAUACCUACGGUCAAAUCGGACGAAUCGAGCGUGCGGGAAACGAUCGUCGAACGCAUGAAACAAUAUUUAUACAGCUACUUUUAUCGACACGUCUGGGCUCGCUUGAGCGGGAAUCGCUCGUUUCUUUGACGUAAUUUUACAACGAAACCCGCGUUAUCGCGUUCUCAUCACCUGUCAUCAGAGGAAGAGAGAGGGAAAGAGAAAAGAGAAGAAGGAAAAGAAAUAAGGAAAGAGAAAGAGAGAGACGUAGACGAUAAUUAAAAGUACAACUUUUAAGUCAUAUCAAUUGACGGCAAUCACACGCAAUCAGAAUCGUACUUUCGCGCUCACACGCAUACAUAUACACAUAAAUAUACACGCACACAUACAUAUACACGCGCACAUACACCAUCCCUUUUUAAAAUCAACGUGAGACAUAUGUGGUCGCUCCACCCGUGUCGAGACAGAGGGCGGAUUGCCGAGAUCGGGUUCGAGUUCUGAUCGGGAAGCGCAUAGACUCGCGACGUCAAUCGCAACGCAUGCCGUAUCAUCACGUUUCCGGUGCACGAGCAACAACAUUUAUCAACUGCUUCUCGAAAAACCAGAUCUUACGGGAAACAGUUUAGAAAUUUAGCUGUGAUCGAUACGUAGGAGCCUAACACUAAAUGUCGCAGAUAUCGACGUUAAAUUCGGGCUCUCCUCUGCACAUCGCACUCGACUACUUCCGUAGUCCGCGAAGAGACCACUAAUCAUACGCGAUACCCCGACAUGAACGAUGAAGCGCGAGCAACACGAAGGGAAACGACGCGAUUUCCCGUCGCGAAGUCGCGAGGACGAUCGGAGGACCGUGCUUCCGCGUGCGGACCCUCGACGCGUCUCGGCAGUCCGUCCCGAGAUGAAGACAGGCGUACCUCGUGUCGAAGAAGCGUAACUCCUCAAGACAUAUAUUGUACCAUAUUACUCUAAGUAAAGUGACCCUAAGCAUUCCUAGAGUUAACUUUAACGAUUAGCGCGCGACCCUCGAACGAAUGGCCCGUGGGACCGAUCGUGCGAUCGGCACCGCGACGGGGAACGGGAAUCAUCCGGAUAGACAGUUUCCGGAUCGGUCCGACGGGUCGCGAGCGUCAAGGGCGCUCAUGUAGAUAGGGUGUUUUCAUGUUUAGCGUAGGCGUGUAGAGAAUUUAGUCUUAGCGCGAGAGUGCGAGCGGAUUGAGUGGACGUUAAAAAUCGGAGGGAGAAAAAGGAAGAAAGAGUGUGUGCGAGUGAGUGAACAAGAGAAAGAGAGCCUGUCCAUGUAUGUGUGCUUGCUCGUGUGAGUGAGUGUGAGAGGCGCGUGUGCGUUCGAACGGGCGUGAUUUCGAGAGUGGAGGUGAAUAAUAAUAACUACGAUGACUAUGAUGACGACGAUGACAAUGAUGGAUGAGUGGAUGAACCGAGGGGUGUCUGGCACUAGCGUAGAUCGCGUUAAGUUAGGUAGAUAAGCGAUCCCCCCAUCUCCCCAUCACCCACCCCCUCUCGAAGGAGGGCCGAAGAACAUGGUUUCAUCGUUUUCGAUAGCGGAACUGCUAAACUACGGCAGACAACAAUCAACCGGGCCCAGAAUCGCAAAGUGUCGCCGCGGGAAAGCGGGGGAGCGCUGUUGUUGUUCUUGUUGUCGUGCGCUUGUAUUAAAGUCGCCAUGUUCUAAUUAAACGUGCCGACGGGGUUGUAUCGGUCGUCGGCAAAAUCGA